AAAAAAAAAAAAACCCUCGCCCCUUCGGCGGGGCGGGUGUGGACGCCUGCGGCCCGGGGCGAGCCCGGCGCCCGGCGCGCGGGGAUGGGGGUCACGGUGGACGUGCGCCAGGUGUACAAGUACCCCUUCGAGCAGGUGGUCGCCAGCUUCCUCCGAAAGAAGAAGAUUAGGUACGACAUGAAGCAGAAUGGUGCAAACGGGAAGAGUACGGGCUCUGACAUCAGCCGGGGGGACCGAGUGCUUCUAGCUGUCUGAGAGGAGUAGUCUGCAGAAACCUUUACCAACUUGGAGUAAUAAAGAGAAGAAAGAACAGGAAUAAAGUAUCCCAACCCCAUGGAUAAAAAUGUCAUCUCUGUAAUAACUGUGGAGGAAAAAAGAGAUGUGUCAACAGGGAUCAUCUAUAGAAAGAGGAUUGCAGUCUGUCAGAAUGUGGUUCCAGAAAUUUUAAGGAAGGUGAGCAUUUUAAAGGUACCUAGUAUCCAGUUGGAAGAGGAAUCGUGGCUCAAUCCUCAGGAAAGAAACAUGGAUAUACGGAGUCACUGCCUUACAUGGACACAGUAUGCAUCCAUGAAGGAAGAGUCUGUCUUCCGGGAAAGUGUGGAAAAUCCAAACUGGACAGAGUUCAUUCAGAGAGGCAGAAUUUCAAUUACAGGGGCUGGCUUUCUCAACUGCAUUUUGGAGACUUUUGCCAGCACAUUCUUAAGACAGGGAGCCCAGAGGGGAAUUAGAAUAAUGGAGAUGCUGCUAAAGGAACAGUGUGGUGCCCCCUUAGCUGAAUAAAGAAUCCGCAGGGACCUGUGUUGUCCUAAUUUGCUCAAGAAUCACUUCUUGGCCCCAACACAUCACUGAUGCAGUUUUUGAAAUCCAACUUUAAGGAUACACUGUUGGCAGCUUCAAGAAGAGGAGACCCUCCUUCCAGGACAUGAAAUGAUACACUCCCCUGGGAGCCUGCCUCAGAUAGUGGCACUCAUGGACAUGAGACCUGCUAGCUGGGUUUUUAUGGCACACUCUCUUUAUGAUUUACAAAUAAAGGAAAAAAAAACCAUAGAAGGUGACAUCUGCCCUUCUUCAGGAUGUCCUGCUGACUGCCUGGUGACAGUGUCAGGGAAGCCAAGGACAGGCUGGAGGCCUGGCGAGUGGUGCUGGUGCCCAUAUGUUAUCAGCCUCAUUGCUCAUGGGAUUCAUGAGAAGAUUCUGGGACGGAUAAAGGAGUUAAACCUGAUGCCUGAUGCAUGAGUGUCCUACAACAGAAAGGAAUAUACCAGGCCAGUGUUGAAGCUAAGCUACAUUUAGAGUAAUGUUUGGUUCUCAGAAAUUGAGAGCAUUUAAUGUCUACCCAUAAGUACUAUUUAACUGUCACCAGUAUGGCUUUUACAAUGUAACCUGUCCACAGUAUGAUUUGGUCUUCUGAAAGAACAUGGGUUGGAGAGCGGGAAGGCAGGGGGUGACUUUGGCAUUAUGUGACAUGGAGCGCAGCAUGAACCUCUCUGUGUUUCCCUGGCAAGUGGGGCUACCUGGGCACAGGUGUUCUGUGUAGUGAUGAUUAGACAAGGAAGGGAGUGUAGUAUGAAAAGCACAGGUUUGGGAAUUUGACAGAACAAGUGUUACCACCUACUAGCUCAAUGAUUGAUCAUCUACAUAAUUUUCAAUUUUUCCAAAGCUCCUUCUUUUUCAUUGCACAACGAGGUUAUAGAAUUAACUUUGUGAGGUGGUCGGAUCGAUUUGGGAUUGUGUGUAUAGAGUGCCUAGUACGCUACCUGUUGCAUAGUAGAAGUCUAGUACCUAGACGCCAUUGCUAUGUGAAACCAUUUUGAAAAUGUACUUUUCAAAUGUAACAUGAGGUAGUAUUACUGUUUGAAAAUUAGGUGACAGUAGUUUGCAUUUACCAUGAUUGGGAGCCAAAAUAUAAGUGCACACCACCUAAUAGGAAGCUUGAAGAGAGGCAGUAAUUUGGAAUUCAUCUGCUUAAGAUAAAAAUUGGGCCAUUACUGGGAAGUCUUGGGGAAAUUGUUCUUUUUUUUUUUAAUAUUUGAAAAUUUUUCCACUUAGUACAGUGAUGAAUAUCAAAGCAAUUUUAUUUUUUAUACAAGCCUGCCACUGUGAGCUUCUUCUUACUGUAUUUGAGCUGUUUGUGCUGCUCGAGUUCUGUCUUUUAGGAUAAUCUCUCUUCAUUUUCUUAGUGUCUCAUUCUUCAGGUGUGUUGGAGAGAAAAUGAAUGGUAGAAACCAGAACAAAACUUUGACUUCUUUUUCCGGUUUGUCAGCGGCAUUUGGUAGGCUUUUGGAAUAAUAGCCCAUUUCGAAAAAUAAGAGGCCAUGUAAAUGAUCACAGAGGUGAGAGGUUAGAAAUCUGUAUGACACUGAAAUAAACUUAAUGCAUCCUACCCAACAACCUACAUCCUCUGAAGCAGGAGUUCUCAGCUUUUGGUGUUCAUUAGAAUCACCUAGGGAAUGUUAUGCACUUUUGCUGAUGAGGGUACAUCCUAGAGCAGUAAGUACAUCAGAAUCUUGGAGAUUCUGGGUGGAACCCAGGCAUCCAUCCAUACUUUUUAAAGCUCCGUAGGUGGUUCCCAUUGGUAACUAGGGAUGCGAACACUAGACUGAAUUCUUGGUGAUUUUCAGACAUUAUCUGAUUUCUUUCUUAACACCUCUGAGGUAGGAAAGGAUAUUUGUAGCAAGAAUUUUUGUUAGAAAUACAAAGAGUGGGGUGCCUGGGUAGCUCAGUCAAUUAAGUGUGUGACUUUUGGUUUCAGCUCAGGUGAUGGUUCAUGAGUUUGAGCCCCGCAUCGGGCUCCACACUAACAGUGCGGAGCCUGCUUGGGAUUCAAUCUCUCUCUCUCUCUCUCUCUCUCUCUCUCUCUCUCUGCCCUUCCCUGCACUCUCUCAAAAUAAAUAAAUAAACUUAAAAAAAAAGAAAUUGAAAGAAUGAAGCAGAAAGAGGACGAAUUUUUGCUAAUUCCUUAAAACCAGGGUGGCCAGUGCAAAUGGCUUUGGGGACCUGGCAGGUGAUCUGAUGAGACAGGCAGGCUGGUGGCGCCUUGGGAGACCCUGGGAACACAUGUCUGUUUAAAGGUGGACAGCUGCUGCCCAGCUCUCACACACUGUUGCCAUGUGGCUGUUUUUUCUAGUUAACUCUAAUUUCCUGUUUUAUAGGAAAAGACAGACUUUUUUUAAAGAAAAGAAUUCUCCCAAUUUUUACAUGCUGGCAGUAAUUCAGAAUUGUUUAAAACAUUGUGCUGGCCAAACCAAACAUGUUUUCCAGUAGUUUCCGUCCUCUGCCUCAAGAGUGUCAAGGCCCAGCCUAAACAUCCCAGUCAGUUUUUAAUUGAUUUGCAUUUCCCCACUCUGGAUGGAAGCUACAUUCUGUCUCUUCUCCAAGACUGCUUUGAAAUGUAUUUUCCUCCCAUUCCCAAGAAAUGCUCUGGAGUUGCUUCAGACACUUAUCCUCUCUCAAUAUUUUUUUUUUUAAGCCUUCUGCAGGCAUCCAUUACUUCAAGCUUCACAUAUAUGUGUUAGAAUUAUUAUGCUCUUUUUAACAUUAAUUAGAGCUUGUUAGAGUUUAUUUUUAUAAUAUGUCAGGAUCCUUUUCCUGUGAGAAAACAUGUAGAGAUGUCAGAAUCAGGAGUACUGCCUUACUGGGCGUAUUAGGAACAUGUGGGAAGGGGUUAAUUCACAGACCAAGCCAGUCUCCUCCUGACCUGGUGUGGCUGCGCCUAAAUCUCGAGGCAGUGAUUUUGUCCAGUGAUUCCCACACUUCUCCUUGAAUCAGAAAUCCUCGGGGGAGGUGUGCUAAAUGCAGGUUCCCAGGCCCUCCGCCAAAGAUUCUGAUUCAUGAAAUCUCAU